AUGCAGGGCGGUAUGGCGAUGGUGGAGGACACGGUGGACGGGCAAGAGAGCCCUGACGACGGCACUGUUGCCUCGUCGUCGCGGCCGACCUCGUUCCGGUCGCUGACCAUGGGGCGGAGCGGGUUCCCUGGUGCAGCGCUGCCAGACGUGCUGCCGUUUGAUGCCGUCUACUCCAAGUACACCAACUACCACGCCGGCGCGCCGCCGCACGAGCCGGCGUCGUCGUACUCGGACGAGGACUUUGACGAUCUCGCUCAGGUGAUGUCUGAGGACUCGUCGUCUGACUUUGGCAGCAGCUUGAUGCACCCGACGCAGCAGUCCGGUGAUGACGUACCGUCGGUGAUAGUGAGCGGCUGUGGGCCGUCGCUGCGCCGCCGUCGUGAGGCCUACGUCGACGAGGCACGGCCGGUACUGCAGGUGACGUACGUAACACCGCGCGUGGUGGCGCCGUUUGCGCUCUCGCGGCCGCCGCUGUCGUGGAAGGCAUGGGCAACACUCCACGCGCUGCUCCUUGCGCUAGCUGUCGCUCUCGCCAGCAACAUGGCGGUGAGCGGUGUGCUUGGGUAUAUCUACCGCGACGCGAGUUGUGACAAGCCGCUGGCGUGGUGGCUGCGCAUCUACGCCUAUGCCACUGGCGGCGCCUUUUUUGUCACCUGUAGCGUCAUAGUCGGCCUCUCGAUCGCCGACAAGCGUGGCUGGCUCCAGCUGCCGGCGACGAGGUCCGACGUCGGCAUCGCGGCGCUCAUGGGGGCUGUGUCGCUCGUGGCUGGGAGCUGGGGUGCUUACGUACUCAUUGUUGUGCUUGCCACGUCGCACUGCAGCAACACAGCCGAACUGCUCUACACCACGACGCUCAUCGGUUCUAUUGUGGCCAUCGCUGAGGCGCUCCUCGGCCUCGCUACUGCACUGUUCUGCGUGUGGAAGAUGUGGCGGCCACUUGCCCUCACCCCCUACGUCCCGAUCGGCGGACAGUCAUGAGGUACAGACGAAUAGCAGACGUUGUAAAGGCCGUUUGACUCCGG